UCCUUGAGCCAAUCACAGCGCGGCUUGUUGAACUGCCCCUACAGCAGCCAUGGUGGGCAUGAGCCUUCUCAGGUCGGCUGCUGCCUUUGCAGCCAGGUUAGGUCCUCUGAAAGCUGGGAAUAAUGCCGCCAAUAUACUCGCUCGAACCAUCCCACGGACAAAUAAAGUGGCGACCCGUUGGGGCCAUGGAAAGAAGAUGUUUGUGGUCAACCCAACUGACUAUUAUGACAGGAGAUUUUUGCAUUUAUUGCGAUAUUACAUCCUGCUGACUGGUAUUCCAGUGGCUCUGUUGGUCACAGCUGUGAAUAUCUUCAUUGGUGAGGCAGAGCUUGCUGAGAUUCCUGAAGGCUAUGAACCUGAGUAUUGGGAAUAUUACAAACAUCCCAUCACCAGGUGGAUUGUACGGAACAUUUAUGAUUCCCCAGUGAAGGACUACGAAAAAGUGAUGGCUGCAAUCCAAAUUGAAAAGGAGAAAGCUGAUAUGAGACUGACACAGCUGGAGGUUCGUCGGCAGAUGAGACAUCAUGGAGACGGCCCCUGGUUCCAGGUGCCGACGGCUGACAAGGGGCUGAUUGACAACAGCCCCAAGUCAUCACCUGACAAUUAACGAACGGUGUUAGCAGUACAUGUGGUCAUCAGUCCGACUGUUUGUAAAUUUUUCCCUUGUUGAUUAAAUAAAGUAUGUUUAUGUGGUCUAAUA